AUGGCAGCAGCUUCCGUCGGCGCCGCGACCUCGCGAGCGGUCGAAUCGCACCGCAUCCCCUCCCCGGAACUGUCAUCCCAGGCAUCCUCCUCGACUCCCUCGUCCUCGUGGCGCGCCGCAGAGGCAGAGGCGAGGCCGGUGUCGCAUGAUGGCGGCGCCGAGGAGGACGUGCUCCACCUGGACACCCCGUGGGUCGCGGCGGCUGAGGCGGACUCGAGGCUGGAGGAGGCCGCCAUGGCCGCAGCGGGACUCCGUCUUUGCGCCGAGAACGAGGCAGAAGCGGAUGAGAUAAUGGACAACCUGCAGCGACAGGACGACGAGCUGAUGGCACUGGAGGCAAUAUACGGGGACGAUCUCGCUGUACUAGAAAACAAAGGAGGGCUCCGCCAUUUUCAGAUUUACAUACGGUACGAAUUGCAAAAUGCCGCUGAAGUGUGCGCUAGGUUUUCUCCAGUCAAUAGAAUUGGAGAAGACAGAGGAUGUCCUGAUGAUUGUAUAGAACAACAUGAGGAGGAUAAAGGGGAUGACUUCUCCUAUUCUUGCAGCUUUGAGCACCUACCCCCUCUAAUAUUGACAUGCUUGCUCCCACAGUCCUAUCCAAGCAAAGAGCCCCCAUAUUUUACAGUCACCGCUAAAUGGAUGGACGGGCCUAGUGUUUCUCAGCUCUGUGAGAUGCUUGACACCAUUUGGGCAGAGCUACCAGGGGAAGAAGUUGUAUACCGAUGGGUUGAGUGGAUAAACACCUCUUCUUUGCCACACCUCGGGUUCGAUCACAAAAUAACAUUAGGUCCAGAUAUUCCUAAGCACAAAGGAGAUAGCCGUGCAAUCUCUAGAAGUCUCUCAUUGGAGUCUGUGAUCCCUUUGAUGCUCAGUUACAGUAGUAGGAAGUGUCAUCAAGUUUUUCUUGAGGAUCUCCACAUGUGCAUGAUUUGCCUUAACCAGAGCAAAGGUUCAAACUUCAUCACGCUUCCGUGCGAGCACUUGUUCUGUGUCAAGUGCAUGGAGACCUUAUGCAGGAUGCAUGUGAAGGAUGGUACUUUCUUUCAGUUGGUAUGCCCUGAUACUAAGUGCAAUGUUUCUAUUCCGCCGUAUUUGCUAAAGAGGCUUCUGGGCAAGGAAGAAUUUGAGCGUUGGGAUAAGCUUACUCUUGAGAAGGCAUUGGACUCAAUGUCAGACGUGGUCCAGUGUCCAAGGUGUGCAAUCAGUUGCUUGGAGGACGAGGAUAGCAACGCGCAAUGCCCAAAAUGUUGUUUUGUUUUCUGUUCGGUGUGCAAGGACCCGCGCCAUCCAGGAAAGUUGUGUCUAACUCUGGAAGAAAAGCUCCAGCGGCAGCAGGCAUCAGGCAAGAUGGCCACACGGGGGAUGGUGGAGGACAUGAUUAGUGUAAAACUGCUUUACAGCAAUGCUAGAUCAUGUCCAAAAUGUCAAAUGACCAUCAGCAAAACUGACGGAUGCAACAAAGUUGUGUGUAGCAGCUGUGGUCAGACAUUCUGCUUCCGCUGUGGCAAGGCUAUCAUCGCUGGCUAUGCCCAUUUCAGCGGGAGAUGUGACCUCUUUCAUCAUAAAGAAAAAGACACAACAGACUGGGGCAAGCUGCUGGAACAGUUAGAAACAAGAAAUCGCGUACGUACUGAAAAACAACCUGUAGGCAGUACCAUAAAAUGUCCAAAAUGCCGUCAAAAAAUUUAUAAGGAUGAUUAUAAAUAUAUUUUCUGCUGGUCGUGCCAAGCCAGCUAUUGCACACUGUGCAAGAAGCAGGUCCAGUUUGCCGGGGAACAAAGCGAGCACUGGGGCUCACAAGAUUGUGUGAAGAUAAAGUUCUAGUGUCAUAUCCCUACUCCCACUGUUACAUUCUUUCAGAUUAGGUUGCAGUAUUGCAGGUUAGGGCUUUCACAUUUGAUGUAUGUUUUAUUGGGACACUUUUCUUCUAUUCUGACUAAUCAUAUCCCUUUUGCUAGUUCUAGUCGAUCACAAUUAAGUUAGUUCUAAGUCGACUCUAGUACCGUUAAAUUUGUAUCGUGAUUCAUGCACAUGAGAAUUGCACA